AACCAACACAUCUCUAGGGUUCUGCGCGGAGCCCUUAACCUAUCACCCCUCUUGGUAUUUUGUCUUACCCAAGCGCAGCAUACUUAUCCUAACCUUUCUAUUUCGCCCCUUCAACGAGAGUCACAUCUUAGGUUGACCGAAUUCCUAACUUGGUCGUAUCUAGUCGGGAGCCAUGUUCUGGAGUCACGAAAUUCUCACAAGCCGCCAGCAUGGCGUUGCGACCGUCUGGUUGGUAUCUACUAUCGGCUUUAGAUCAGCGCACCGUAAGAUAUCGCGCAAGGCUAUCCAGGAGGUCGACGUUCAGAAGGCAUGCGAGACCAUCCUCCAACCUGGGGCCCCAAUCGCGCUGCGCCUCCAGGGCAGCCUACUCUAUGGCGUCUCGAGAGUCUACUCCCAGCAGUGCACGUACGUGCUCACCGACGCCGAGAAAGUCCAAACCACUAUGAGGACCUUGUACGGCGUCUUGGGUGGUGACGAAAACGCCUUAGACCCCCAAGCAGGAAAGGCCAAGCGUGACCAGAUCACUCUACCCAACGACCCGAACUUUGACCUCACCAUCAAACUUCCUGCCUUCCACUUCGACGGUGACGGAAACUUGAUUCCACCUCACGAAAGUCAAGCCUCGGGCAAGACAUCGUCUCAGUUUUCGCCAAUGCAGCUAGACCAUUCAAGCCCCGGCGGCGGCGCCUCCUUCAUCGGUAGACUUGAUCUCCCUCCGUCGCCGUUUAGACAAGGAAGCUCUCAGCUCCUAUCGCCCUUCGGAUUGGGCAGCGCAAUAUCGCAACAAAAGGAUCCCGAGAAUAAUUUGGUCCAUUUGCGGGACGACGAGGAGGAGCUUCAAGUGGUCGAUGACUGGGGAAUUGAGAUUGAUGCUGAAGGAAAUGUCAUGGAGAUAGUAGAGGAACCGGAGCUACCACAACUUCCACGCCCAGAAGGCGCUCAUCGGGACAAUCAUAUCCAUGAAGACGAGGAACCUUUCCUAGUCAUCGACGACCAAGGCGACGUCGUCAUGGCCAUUGACGCUGCGGAAGCUGUUUUGCCACACGCCGAAGCAACUCAUCCACAGCCAGAGGGUAUAGAGCUGCAAUUGGCGGAAGAAUAUGACUUGAGCUCGGAGAGAGCUAGAGUGUCUGCCCAAAAGCGACGAAGACGCGCGUUGCUGGCUCCCGAUCACGAAACUCAGCUGAGCCGCCAAGAGAUCAAGUCCUGGAGCGCCGAAUAUCUUGCGACGGCCGAGACUAAGCGAGCUCGCCGAGCACGCCAUAGGACCACUGCCGCUGAUGCUAGGGUGAACGCUUUCCAGUACGUGUUUGGCCGCGGCGUGGCAAACGUUGGGUCUCCCACGGGGAUCCCUGACUUCUCCCACCCACUGGCACGCAUAUUUGCCGGCAACAGCCUCCAAACGGUACUCUUGAGCUCCAUUGUUGAAGAGGAGGACGAAUAUGAGGCCCCGCGAGGCCGCCGUCGUUCAGCCCUCGAGGCACUAGAGCUGGAGGGUGAGGACGAAGAACGGCGAGUUCGACGCCGCAUCAGCGAAGAUGCCGAGCUGCAAGCUGGCCAGGGUGUUCAGAGAGGAGCAGUACUUGGCAGUGAUGGUCAUCUAAUCAUAGACCCCGAGGAAGAAAGAGAGGUCGGCAGAGAAGCGGGCUCUAACUUGCCCGACCUCCCGUCUGAAGUGCCCUGGAACCGACACUCAUCGCAAGUACCGAGCUCUUCAGUCAAAGGCGGCGGCAGGUCGAAGCUCGGUCAUUCGGCGUCGGGUCGCCAAGUCAGCGCCAGCCCCUUGCGCAACCGUGGCAACACCCUCCUACCCGAGAUCGAACGCUUUAGCGAUUCUCAACCUGCCUAUGAAUCCGAUGGCGUCGGCCCGGCGUUUCAUUCGGCAAAUACAUUCUCAGACCCCAUCAUUGAGAGCAUGGGCUCGCAGGAUCGCCAGAAGAAGAAUCAAGGCGAGGCAAACACUUCGCAGGUGACGCAAGACACCCUGGAUCACGAAGGCCUCAACUUUGUGGGCUUUGUACAGGCAGUAGCACUCGACAAAGGAGACGCAGACGACAACGACACCGAUGAAGAUGACAACACCGGCGGAACUGAUCGCCGGAAGUGGGUGGGCUUUGAAGAGCUGUUCGAGCCAGCCGACCAAAAGCGUGCCGUCGUGGCGCAGGCUUUCUACCAAGUCCUCUCGCUCGCAACUAAGAACAUCAUCAAAGUCCGCCAAGAGGGCGAGAUCAAUGUGCCAUUUGGCCCGAUUCACGUAGGCGUCACGAUGCCGCCGAUCGACGAGUAAAGAAAGGGGCUCGAUAAGAAGACUCGCAAACAUCACCGUCACAUUCCCAAACACCCAU